AUGGAUUCGAAAUGCGUGUGUCCAACGGGGACCGCAGCCCAGCGAACCUGUUCCGGUGGAAAGAAAACCCGUAACCCAUACCUCAACUUUCUGCGGCAGUUCAGAAGCCAGCACUGCGCAAUGGCAGCAGUGGAAAUAGUGCGGCAGGGAGCUGCGCAAUGGCGGCAGAUGACCCCGGAGGCGAGAGCACCGUACGUUACGAUGGCCCGGUCUACCAGCUACGUGUUCUUCCCCAGGAGGUUUUUCGGUCGAGCAGCUCGUCGUAGUAGUGUGCAAAAUCAAUCGUGUCCCGUGGGAUGUCGGCCGGCUUCUGCCAGCCGGCAGGCUAGGCGAGCUAGUCGCUAG